AUGGCAGUGACAUCAAUUAAACCAGGAACUUGUUGUUUUACAACUUUUGAUCAUCAAGGUACUCCAAAGGGUAAACAUGAAGAACUUUUUUCUGUGGAUACCUAUGUUACUGGUACAAGUUCACCUAAUGAUAGAGUAAUUGUCCUAUUUACUGAUAUUUAUGGCCAUAAGUAUAACAAUACUUUAUUAGUAGCUGACCAAUUGGCAGAAGCUGGGUUUAAAGUAUUUAUUCCAGAUAUUUUAUUUAAUGACCCUUUUGGAGGAGAAGGUGGAAAGACUGAAAUUAAACCUGAGGAAGUCCCUGCCUUUCUUGCUUGUCAUGGUGUAAAUAAAACCAAGAUAUUGUGUGAGAAAUAUGUUUAUGCAUUGAAAAAGGCAUAUAAUCCAAAGUUUUUAGGAGUGCUUGGUUACUGUUUUGGAGCCAAAUUUGCUGUUGAAUGUAUUAAAGGAGGUAAUUUAUUAGCAGAUGCCUGUGCAAUUGCUCAUCCUUCAUUAUUGGAUAUUCAAGAUAUUGCAGAAAUUGCUAAACCAAUAUUGAUUUCAGCAGCUGAUGAUGAUUUUGUAUUUGUCCCUGAAUUUAGACGUUUAACUGAAGAUAAAUUGAGUGAGAUUGGUGCAAGAUAUCAAAUUGAUCU